AUGUUUUUCUCCAUAUUCUCAAAGAGCAAGAAGGCCAAGAAGGCUUACGAGACUACGCGCUUCCCAUCCGACUGGCCGUCCUGGCUCCACAACAAAUGCAGUGUACCCAACUGUUACUAUCCCAACAAACCUCAAGCUGUGGAGGGAUUCUAUCAUUGUGGGUCUAAAGAACGAGGAUUCUAUUGUGAGGGCACGUACAUCGUGACCACCGCGAUGGCCAAAUCAGCUCUCAAAUCAUACGGGAAUGAUGACCGCUUCCAGGUUGACGUUGUUCGUCAGGCGGAACGCGAUGUGCAGGUAAAACGCUACUGGGAGACGAAACGCCAGGUGGAGGAGGAGCCCCGCGAGCGGGCUGCUGCUCAGCUGGCUGCGGCUCGUACCACUCAGCGACCCUCCAAAGACGCCAAGAGAGGGUAUACCAGUCCUCGUGAACAGUACAUGGCUCUUGAACGCAAAGAUGCGCUCCGCGUACGCCAUAAAUCGCCUGUGCCCACUUGCCAACUCCAACCACCAUCUAUCCGACGUCUCCCUGUUCCACCAUGCAAAUCUCAGCCCGACCAACGACCACGACCUCUGCCACAGCUUCCCCGUCAGCAUAACUUCUGA